AUGAUCUCCGGCAAGUACGCCACCAGGCCUCUCACAGCCCUACUCCCAACAAAACGAUUAGCAUCAACAAGCCCAGCACCCUCAUCACGCUCGCACAAAAUCAUCGUCAUCGGCGGCGGCUCAGCCGGUCUAUCCAUAAGCCACCAACUCCUCCGCUCAGGCCAAUUCAGCGCACAGGACAUCGCCAUCGUCGACCCAGCAACCUGGCACCACUAUCAACCAGGAUGGACACUGGUCGGCGGCGGCGUUAAAGAAAAGACCUCCCUCCGGCAGGACCUGAGCGGGCUUAUCGAUCCGAAACUGAAAUUCUACAACCAGGGCGUGGCCACUUUCACACCAGACCAGAACCAGGUUACGCUGGAGAACGGGGAUAAACUAGAUUAUAGCCAGCUUGUCGUUGCGCCGGGAAUUAAGAUUGAUUAUGGUGCUAUCAAGGGACUCCCUGAGGCUCUUGCGGAUGCGCAUGCGCCUGUCUCGUCGAUUUAUGGCUUCGAGACUUGUGACAAGGUUUUUCGCAAUGUGGAGAAUCUUCGACGGGGGACGGCCCUGUUUACGCAGCCAACUGGCGUGGUUAAAUGCGCCGGCGCGCCUCAGAAGAUUAUGUGGCUAGCAUCAGACUACUGGCGAAAGGCAGGGCUAUACAAGUAUGGCGAGCAAUCGCCGAUCAAAAUCGACUUCGCUACCGGUCUUCCCGUCAUGUUCGGAGUGCCAAAGUACAGCGCGAAGCUAGACGAGAUCCGACGCGAGCGUGGGGUGAACGGCCUUUUCCAGCACGAUCUUGUCUCCGUUGAUGGGGAUAAGGCGACUUUCGCAGUUUCUGGGGGCGAGUCUGUAACGAAACGGUUUGACUUGUUGCAUGCAGUUCCCAAAAUGGGGCCGCAUGGGUUUAUCAAGGAGAGUGCGCUUGUGAAUGAGGCUGGGUUUGUGGAUGUAAACCCUGAAACAACUAGGCAUGUCAGGUUUGAUAAUGUCUGGUCUGCGGGCGAUGCGUCCAGCCUGCCGACUUCGAAGACUGCGGCGGCGAUUACAUCCCAGGCGCCUGUGCUGGUGAGGAAUCUUUUGUCUGCUAUGGAGGGCAAGACGGCGGCUUCUACGUAUGAUGGGUAUACUUCGUGUCCGUUGACGACGGAGUAUGGGAAGGUUCUUCUUGCGGAGUUCAAGUAUGGCGGCGUGCCGAAAGAGACGUUCAAGUGGCUGGGACUGGACCAGGCGACGCCGCGAAGGGCAUUCUAUCAUCUCAAGAAGGAUUUUUUCCCUUGGGUUUACUUCAGGUCCAUGGUCAAGGGGACCUGGGGUGGUCCAAGUGGCUGGUUGAACUAG